UGGAGGACCGACUUCUGGAGUGGCGUUCUUGGUGCUCGUUUGUAAACUGUUUAUGUCCUUUCGUGUCGAAAACUGAAAGAUUCAAAUGCGAGAAAACGAAACAGAUUCCGAGUCCGGGAAAGCGGACAUUAGCUCUGUCCGGAAAACCCUGGAAACUAUCUGUCAAGAACUGAACAUGGACGAGGAAACGGCAACCGAAGCCCUGCAGAAUUUCACUACGAUCUGGGAUACAUACACUCUAGAGGGAGAGGUGGUGCACUGGCUGGCCUGCUCUCUCUAUGCAGCCUGCAGGAAAGGGUGGACACCCACAGUGGGGAAGGGGGUAAUGGAGGGGAACUGUGUGUCCCUUACCAGAAUCCUGAGGUCCUCCAAACUGAGUCUAAUUCAGUUCUUCAGUAAGAUGAAGAAGUGGGCGGACAUGUCUAAUUUGUCCCAGGAUUUUCGUGAGCGAAUCGGGCGCCUUGAGAGGAAUUUUGAAGUAUCAACAGUGAUCUUCAGGAAGUUUGAGCCCAUAUUCAUGGACAUGUUUCAGAACCCCCAAGGAGAGCCGCCACGUCAGCCAAGAAGCCGGAAACACAGACGUCUGCCAUGUCACAUAAGUGAUGUGUUCAAAUUUUGCUGGACCCUGUUUGUCCACACAAAAGGAAAUUUCCAUAUGAUUGGAGAUGACCUGGUGAAUUCAUACCAUCUCCUCCUCUGCUGUCUGGAUUUGGUGUUUGCCAAUGCCCUGCUCUGUGCCAACAGGAAAGACCUUAUUAACCCCAGCUUUAAAGGGUUAACCAAAGACUGUCAUAGUCCUGAUUACUCUCCCCCAGAGGAGGUUCCCUGUAUCAUUGAAAGGCUGUGUGAGUUGCAUGAUGGACUGGUCGUAGAAGCAAAAGGGAUUAAAGAGCACUACUUCAAGCCCUACAUUAAAAAGCUCUUUGAGAGACAGAUUUUGAAGGGGGAUGAGGAAACGCUCACAGAAUUGCUGGAUGCUCCCAACUUCAUCGACAACAAUAAAGCCGUAAACAGGGAGUACGAGGAGUAUGUUCUGACAGUGGGGGACUUUGACGAGAGGGUGUUUCUGGGAGCGGACGCUGAUGAGGAGAUCGGCACACCUCGCAAGGCGGUCACGGAGCCCCCCGAGGGACAACUGUCUGCCCGUAUGCAGGUGGAGUGCAACCUGCAGCAGCACUUUGAGAAGACACGGUCCUUCGCCCCCUCCACCCCUCUGACGGGCCGGCGUUACCUGAAGGAGAAGGAGGUGAUCGUGACGCCGGUGUCCUCGGCCACGCAGAGUGUCAGCCGGCUGCAGAGCAUGGUGUCCGGACUGCGUAACGCCCCCAGCGAGCAGCUCUUGCAGAUCUUCAGGUCAUGUUCGCGAGACCCUACGGAAACUAUUCUGAACAGAGUUAAGUCCCUGGGGGAGACUUUCCGUCAGCAUUACACCAAGAGCACAGACGAGCAGCCAGGAUCACAUAUGGAUUUUGCUGAUAAUCGAUUGAAACUGGCUGAAAUCCUGUAUUAUAAGAUCCUGGAGAAUGUCAUGGCCCAGGAGAUAAAGAGGCUGCACGGCAAAGACAUGGCUGUGCUGCUGGAGCAGGAUAUUUUUCACCGUUCUCUGAUGGCCUGCUGUCUGGACGUGGUCUUGUUCGCCUAUAACUCUCAGCGCACCUUCCCCUGGAUCAUCGAAGUCUUCAACAUACGGCCGUUCUACUUCUACAAGGUGAUUGAGGUGUUCAUUCGCUCGGAGGAGGGCCUGUCGCGGGACAUGGUCAAGCACCUGAAUAACAUAGAGGAACAGAUCCUGGAAUGCAGAGCCUGGACCAGUGAUUCUGCACUGUGGGAGGCACUAGAGGCUGCACACAAGAAGGUCCCUACUGUUGAGGAGGUGAAUUUCCCCAGCAGUUUUGAGAAUGGGAGCACAAGCGGUGGUCCCACGCACCUGCCGCUGAUGGCUCUGUCUCCUGUCAUCCACCCUCGGCUCAGGGAGGUAAGGACUGGCCUGGGAGGAAGUGCUCGUAAAGAUGUGCCCCCUUCGCCAAUAUAUCUGCACGACCGCUACAGCUCUCCCACUGCCGGAGUCGCAAAGAGACGCCUGUUUGGAGACGACAGCCAGCCCCAGUCCCCCUCAAAGAGGAUCUCCCUGACGUACGGCGGCGGGCUCAAGAUUAUCCCCACGUCCCCCUCUCCCAGUGAAGCCACACUCCACUCCCCCGCCAGGACCCUCAUUGCCAUGACGGCGAACAGUGGCCAGCAACAGCUGAGCAUACCUCUGCAAGGUGUGAACGAGGCGGGCGGGAUCACCUUCAUCCAGGUGCAGCCGAGCGACAGCAGCCCUCUCACCACGCAGGUCCUCCUCACGGCGUCCCCGAGCCGGCCUGGGCCUGGCAGCGCCGUCCCCGACGCCCAGACUGCUAACAAACCGCGUCGCACGGGCUCGCUGGCCCUCUUCUUCAGGAAGGUUUAUCACUUGGCCAGCGUGCGGUUGCGGGACCUGUGCUUGAAGCUGGACAUCUCCUCAGAUCUGCGGGGGAAAAUCUGGACCUGUUUUGAGCACUCUGUCGUUCACUGCACUGACCUCAUGAAGGACAGGCACCUGGACCAGCUGCUGCUGUGUGCCGUGUACAUCGUGUCUAAGAUCACUAAAGAAGAGCGCACUUUCCAGGAUAUCAUGAAAUGUUACCGCAGUCAGCCUCAAGCCAGCAGUCAUGUUUAUCGAAGUGUCCUCCUCCGGAAGAACACUGGAGAGCAGCCCUCUGAUGAGAACAGCAUGGAGGUUGACCCAUCUGUGGGUGGGGCCAGUGAGUCCGGGGAGGACCGCGGUGACCUCAUCCAGUUCUACAACUCGGUGUAUGUGCUGAGGAUGAAGGGCUUCGCCCUCAGAUACGCCAUCCCCAGUGCGGACCACAGGAUGGAGGUUCCCCCCCUGUCCCCGUUCCCCUCUGUGAGGGCACAGCCUCUGUCCCCACGCCGCGUGUCCCAGAGGCACUCCAUCUACGUGUCGCCCCACAAGAACGGCUCCUGUGUCACCCCAAACUCCGCCUUCACCUACAAGUUCAGCGGCAGCCCCUCCAAGGAGCUCAACGACAUCAACAGGAUGAUCAAACAGGGCGGGGUGAGCCGCAAGCGGGCCUUCACCAUGGAGGGCGACUACUCCGAGUCCCCCACCAAGAGGCUCUGCCAGGAGAGUGAGGACGUGCUGCUGAAACGUCUGCAGGACGUCGUGAGCGAGAGAGCCCACCACUGACCCCACCCCCAAAACACGCAAUCAUGUCACGCGUCACUGUCCGUCAAGCACGGCACGGGUCUGUAGCUUUAACAGUGAACGUGGGUCAGCAGGGAUGGGGUUUUCUUCCUUAUAAUCCCUGCCCCUUCAAAAGAAAUCAAGGUUAAACUUGCGAUAAUAUAUAUGUGUUGCUAUGUUUUCAUAUCCCAUUCUUUGGUUUUGAACCAGAAGCCAGAUUGUGUUUUGUGCAGUUACCUGGAUUGCAGUUCAGAGAGAGCAGACAGAUUGCAGUUGAUCCAAACAAACAGCAUUCGUCAUUGAGAUUCUUAGAUACCAGGCCAAGAUUGCUCUGGGCUGGUAGCUAAAAUGUU